AUGGAAGCGAGAAGUGCGAUGCACAUCCUCAAUGCUUCAAGCACCAAAAGUCUGAAGUAUGCAAUCCGAUCUGGUCUCAUCAAGAACUUUCCUAUCACUGAAGAAGCGAUCAAUCAUGCCAAAGCAAUCUUUGGACCUGACCCAUCUACAUUGAAAGGCAAGUCAACAAGACCAACCCUGAAGAAGACACACGAUGACCUCUUCAGUCCACCAGAGGAAUUGUAUCAACAUAAUCGAUCUAUUACCGUCUGUAUUGAUCACAUGGAGAUCAGAGAUGCUAAGUUUCUCACCUGCAUUGAUACCACUGUGCGUUGUGGCUCAUGUAUUCCAAUGCAGAACCUGAAGACUGACCCUGUAUUUGAAGCAUUGGAUAAGAUAUUCCGCCGCUACAACAAGGCAGGCUUUCAUGUCAAGACAAUCAAGUGUGCUUGGGCAUUCAUUCCUCUAAGGGAUGAUAUGCUAGACAAUAUGGGUGUUAUUAUUGACCCGACUGCAGCUGGAGACCACAAGCCUACAGCCGAGCGAAACAAUCGAACGCUGAAAGAGAGAGUCAGAGUAGCUCUUGCACGAUUACCCUACAAAGUGGUCCCAAAGGUGAUCACUGAAUGUCUUGGGCGUCGAGCCGCCAAGCUAUUGAAUGUCUUUCCCCAGAAAGACAGUAUCCUCUCACAUUUCAGUCUGCAGCAACUCAUUGAUAAUGUCAAUAUCAACUACAAGAGUGAUAUGGUUGCUGAGCUUGGACAGUAUGUUCAUGCAAGUGGGACGGAUUCCAACAAUUUGAUGGAGCCCCAAAGUAUCAAAGCAAUUUACAUUGAACCUACAAAGGGACAAUACUGGGCACCGAGUGCUCAACCUCAAUACUAA